AUCUGCUCUUGCCUAGCUGGUGUCUACAACGAGUACCUUCUGAAAGGCCAAGGCGCCAACAUCAACAUCUACGUGCAGAACGUCUUCAUGUACAUCGAUAGCAUAAUCUGUAAUAUCCUCGUGUUAAUUCUCCAAGGAGAUCUCCUCGGGGCAUUCGAGAACGUUGGCCCCAGUAUUCUCUUUGACCCCAAAGUCCUAGUUAUAAUAGCCAACAACGCAGCAGUAGGAAUAAUCACGAGCUUCUUCCUGAAGAACUUGAACUCAAUCCUCAAGACUUUUGCCAGUGCCUUGGAGCUCGUAUUUACAGCUGUCUUGUGCUGGUUGCUCUUUGGCAUUCCCAUUUAUUUGAAUACUGGGCUGGCUAUUGGAAUGGUCAGUUAUGCGGUUAUUCUCUACGCUCAGAAUCCCGUCCAGAACUCCCCCAAGUCAGUCACGAGUGAGGAAGAGGGCGAGAGGGCAGAGCCACUCAUAUCGAAGAAGAGCAUUGAGAUUGUUUAAUUAUUAUUUUCUUUCUGGUUAAGCCUGAGAGAAUUGCGUGAAUUUUUUUUCACUUUAGUGAAGACACUAAUACUAAAAAAAUUCCAUAGAAAAAAUAGAUACUAGAAAAUUGCAUUGGAUAUUUCUAUUGGAACCCUUAGAAUAUUCCAUAAGAAAUAUUUUGGUGGAUUUAACUUAUUUCGUUGAUCUCUCACGGAUAUCAAACUGAAAAAAAUGAACCCAUGUAAUUUCAUAGAAAAUAUCUAGUCCGUUGAAUUGUAGAGAAAAAUCGAAGUC